GUCCCUGCAGCAGCCAUGACUCCCAUCGCCAAAUCCUUCUAUGACCUCAGUGCUACUGACCUCCAAGGGGAGAAAGUGGAUUUCAACAACUUCAGGGGGAGAGUAGUUUUGAUAGAGAACGUGGCUUCCCUCUGAGGCACAACAGUGAGGGACUACACCCAGAUGAACCAGCUGCAGAGCAAAUAUCCUCGACGGCUGGUUGUGCUGGGUUUCCCUUGCAACCAGUUUGGCUACCAGGAAAACUGCACGAAUGAAGAGAUUGUCAACAGCUUGAAAUAUGUGCGGCCUGGUUCUGGAUUUGAACCCAACUUCACUCUUUGCCAGAAGUGUGAAGUGAAUGGCAAGCACACCCACUCUGUCUUUGCCUACCUGAAGGACAAACUUCCUUACCCAGAUGACAACCCCUCCUGCCUCAUGAUGGAACCCAAGUUCAUCAUAUGGAGCCCAGUGUACCGCAACGACAUCUCCUGGAACUUUGAAAAGUUCCUGGUGGGACCUGAAGGAGAGCCUUUCAAGCGCUAUAGCCCCAGAUUCCUCACCACCAGCAUUGAGCCUGACAUCCAGCGCCUCCUGAAGCUUGCCAAAUAAGAAUUACCGGUGGUGGGGGAGAUAUUCCUGAGAUUAUUCAAACAGCCUUCACAUAACAAGGCAGCUCCAAAAACUGGCCAGAAAUUCACUAGGCUACCAUCAUGAACAACUCCAACUGCUCACCUAAGAAAUACCUAUGCCCAGUUCCCUUCUCCUCCCUUUUUAGCUGCGUGUAUGAGGUGCUUCAUUCUAACUUCUUAUAGGACCAACAUCAGCUUCUUAUAGGACCAACUAACUUCUUAUAGGACCAACAUCAGACUUUUACAGAGUGACGGUGCCCCCGCUAAACCUCAAUGGAGGGAGCCUGAAAGAUGUAAAGGUGCUGAUUCCCUGGCCUUUGCUUACCCGGCAGUUUUUGUUUUAUGAGAUAAAUAAAAGAGUGGAAGAUU